AAUUUGUGUGCGAUGCAACCGGUACGACAAGAAAUGUACACGGGGGCACAACAAGGUAAUUCCAAAAAUGUUGAAGGUAAAACUACUAAUCAUUUGCGGGAUAGAGAAUAUUACUUCGCUCGAGGACCCCUGAAUGGCAGCUACUGCUGUCGACCUGCUGGCAUUAUACGUAUAAUGGAAAUAAUGAUGGGAAUCUUUCAGGUAAUUGGAUUGGUGAUAUUAUCACUGAUAGUAUCAGUAUACGGUCCAGGACCAUUUAUUGGAAUCCUUUUUGGUCAAACAUUUAUGAUGAUCUUUGCAGGAGCUGCCGUCUGUUUCUCCUUUAUUUUCUUGAUUGUUUUUCUUUUCGAAUUACACGAAACUCAUUUGUACUUCUGGCCAUGGCGAACUUCAGACUUCACGUUUUCAAUGACUGCCUGCUUUUCUUACGUAAUUCUGGGCUUCAUCGAAGCAUACUAUUCUACGGGUGCCUGGUCGCAUCAUUGUAACGAAAUUGGUUCUGAUGGAAUCAUUCACAAUCAUUGUCGUACUAUCUAUGAAUGGCUGUUCGCAUCGUUCCUUUCAUUUUUCAAUGGUUUCCUUUAUGGUUUAAGCGCAUUUUUGGUGCAUCGUAAUCAGUACAAUUAA